CUAGUUCCGCACUCACAACUAGUACCACAUUUAAUUCUGUCACUUCCGAUGCCGGACCUACUACCUCAUUUACUACCUCAACUGCUUUCACGCCUUAUUCCGUACCUAGUUCCGUCGCCAGUGCCAUAGCUAGUUCUCUCGACGAGUCGACAAAGGAGACUUGGUGUAGUAACCAAAAAGGAGAUUGCACGAACUCUUGUUUAAAUAGUGGAAAGAAUGUAACAGUCAAUACAUGUGACCCUACAAGCCUCCAAUACAGCUGUUUAUGCAGCGACGGAAAACCACCGAGCAAUACGAGAACUUUGGCUUCGAUCACCGCUACUUCUGCCUCUUCAGGUGCAAGUUCUUCUCCAAGCGUUUUUAAUCCAUAUGCUAAAGCCUCCUCUAUUUCUGCUCCAAUAAUGAAUGUCUGUUUUGUGGCGUCAUUGACUGCACUUUUUGUUUUCUUUGCUCGUUUUUAA